CAAAAUUCAAAUUAGGGCCAAUUGGGAAACUUCCCUAAGGGUGUUUUAAAGCCAAAGUUUGAUUUUUGUUCCUGUUUGGUUCAUGAGACAUCUAAUGCAACUUUGAUAAAAGUGUAUAAUCCUUACUUUUGCACAUCAAAUUGAGUAGCACAUGAGAUUGGACACAUCGUAGCAAUAGAGGAGCUGAGGACUAAGGACUUUGUGAGCAUAGUUUGAGUUCUAGUGCCCUAUUAACUAUACACAAAUUUAUAAAGCUGUACGAUGAAUCAACUACUCGAGUCAAAAGGCAAAAGUGGUGGCUUAAUGGCAGGGAAUUCAAGUGAAGAGGAUUUGACCCAAAAAGCGAAAGAGGUACAAAAAGAACAACAAACUGAGGUAGAGGCUACUGAUUAUCCCAAAAGCAUUCCCAAGGAGAUGAAGCAGCUUCAACAUUUUAUCCAUCCGCAGCAUCCAUUGGUCUUCAAUGAAGACAGAAUUUGCGACGAAGAGUGUUUGGGGUGCAGUGAAGAAAUAUUGGGUCCUAGCUACAGUUGUAAAGAAUGCGAUAUGAGGUGGUUUCAUCAUAAAUCAUGUGCGGAACUACCCCUUGGGUUGCUGCACCAUCCCUUGCACCCAUUACAUCCUCUUCUUCUCGUUGACGAUGUGACAAGUUAUCCUACGGGAGAAUUGAGCAAUUGCCAAGUUUGCAAAGAAAAUCGUGAGGAAUAUUGUUAUGGUUGUUUCCAUUGCAAUUUUAAGCUUCACAUUAGAUGUGGUUCUUUAGCACCCACCACGGAAGCACCUGAAGUCCACCACCACCCAUUGACCCCCUAUUGGAAGUGGAUGACUUUCACUUGCGACCUUUGUGGCAAAGAAGACAAAGGUAUGCCCUAUGUGUGUACCCCAUGUGGUUUCGGGAUUCAUAGGCAAUGUGCUCGUUUCCCGCGCAGACUGAAAGUCGUACGGCACAAUCACCCCCUCAACCUCAUCCAUUCUCUUGAACUCCAUCAAUCCAACUCCCAAUUAUGUCAACUCUGUUUUCUAAAACUGGACACAAACUAUGCCCUUUACUAUUGCUCCACAUGCCAUUUCACUGCCCACCUCGAUUGUGCUAUUGACUGGAGAAACAUGGAGGACAUAAAUUUGCUGGAACUUAAAGAGGAGGAGUCCGCCGAGUUAAAAGCUAUGCUGGAAAAUGUAGAUUCAAAGCUCGAUCAAUCCGUUGACUCAGAGAUUUGCAGAGUCAUAAAAACCACUGUGGGGGAGGACGGAACUGAAAUUGCCACAGAAAUCAAACACUUCAGCCAUGAGCAUCACUUAAAGCUUACUGAUGAGGUUCCAAAAAACAAAAUUUGCGACGGGUGUGUACGAGCUAUUCUCACUCCAUCUUUUUACAGUUGUGUCGAAUCCAAUUGUAGCUUCUUUCUUCAUAUAUCUUGUACUAAAUUACCCAAAAUAAAACAACAUCCACUUCAUCAACACCCACUCACCCUCACUUAUCCAAGAUAUGGUUUUGGAUGUGAUGUCUGUGGCCAGAGCUGCAAUGGCCUAAGGUACUUUUGUCAAAGAUGCUACUUUGAACUUGAUGUUCAAUGUAGUUUGGCCUCAAAGACCCUUACUCAUGCCUGUCAUAAGCAUCCUCUUUACCUCUCCAUCACAAACAAUAGACAGAAGUGUAGUAUUUGUGGAUCUGAAAAAUACCAAGUAUUCCGUUGUACCACAUGUGAAUUUGUUCUAGACUUCAAAUGUGCUACACUACCACAAACUGCAUGGUGCUACCAACAUGAGCAUCCCUUCACUCUAUGUUAUACUCCCGAAGAUGACUCCGGUGAAUAUUACUGUGACAUUUGUGAAGAAGAACGAGAUUCCAAGCAAUGGUUCUACUACUGUGUAGAGUGCAGUUUUCCUACUCAUUCCAAAUGUAUUAUUGGAGAUCACCCAAAUAGAAAAUAACAUAUAAUAGCCACAUGUUUGGAGAUGCUACACAACAAUUUGAUUGUAAAGACAACCUUCAAUGACAUAAAUGAACUAUAUCAGUGUGCCCUGUGUAAUUUUCAGCAUUCAUGAUAAUUGUUUAUAGAAAGACCAAUGUUAUUUUUAUUUUUAUUUGUAUAUUUUCCUUUUGUGUUGAGCCUUACUUCUU